AUGGAUAGAAUAUUGCAUGUUGAAGAAGAGAAUAUGAUUGCACUCUAUCAAGCCUCUCUCAAUGGGUGUGUAAACACCUUGAACACCUUGAUCCAAAGGGAUCCACUUAUUCUUAAUAAAGUUUCACUCACAUCCUUUAGUGAGACCCCCUUACACAUUACAGCCUUGCUUGGCCACCUUGAAUUUAGUAGAGUUCUUGUCAGCAAGAAACCUAAACUUGCGGAAGAAGUAGACUCGCUGGGACGAACCCCUCUUCACUUGGCUUCUGCUGAGGGCCACACCGAGAUAGUAAAAGCAUUGUUGCAAGCAAAUGGAAAUGUUUGCUUGGCUAUUGAUCAAGAUGAGAGAAUUCCUCUCCACUUAGCCGCAAUGAGAGGAAGAACAGAAAUCAUAAAAGAGUUGAUUAUUGCUCGGCAAGAGUCCAUCCGGGUGAGGCUCAAUGGAGAUAGUGUUUUGCACUUGUGUGUUCGAUAUAAUCAUCUACACGCUCUUAAAUUGCUAGUGGAAUCGUCUAAUUGCGAUGAAUUCCUCAACUCCAAAGACCAUGAUGGCAACUCUAUAUUACAUUUAGCUGUGAUGCUCAAGCAAACGAAGGCUAUAAAAUACUUACUUUCAGUACCGCAAAUAAAAAGAGAGGUUAAUGCUACGAACAGGAUUGGUUACACAGCUUUAGAUAUCUUAGAGGUUUGUCCAAGAGAUUUUAAAUGUUUUGAAAUCCAAAACAUUUUAAAGGAAGCUGGUGUUAGAAGAUCAACAGAUCUAAAUUCUUUCCUACCACCAACACCGAGUGGAAUUGGUGUUGAUGAAGCACAACCACUGCAAUCCGGACACCGAUCUCGAUCAAGAUUUAAGAGAUUGUGGGAAUACGUUCCUUUGUUUUUAGUUAAACACUUAAAGCGGCAGGGAAAUUGGGUCGAGGAAACACGUGGCACAUUGAUGUUAGUGGCUACUGUGAUUGCAACCAUGACCUUCCAAGCUGGGAUCAGCCCACCAGGUGGUGUUUGGCAAGAAAAACACAAAGUCGGCACAUCAGUUUUAGCUUAUUUCUAUCCAGAUGACUACCGAGUCUUCUUAUCUUUCAAUACCAUCUCUUUCAUUGCAUCCGUGUGCGUCUUAUUUUUGGUCAUUAGUGGAUUUCCUCUUACAAGCAAGUUCUUUAUAUGGUUUUUGACAUAUUCCAUGUCUUUGUCCAUCUUUAGCUUGGUACUUGCCUAUAUGCAGGCACUGAGUUUGGUGACACCGAAUGAAGUUAACUAUUUACACCUACUUCAUCACUACAACGUUAAUCCUAACUCGCUGGCCAAAAUAUCAAUAUUUAUUUUGAUUGGAGUGUAUCUGAUUGUUGAGUUGAUUCACAUAAUUUCCCCACUCUCUUGGAUGGUGAAGAAGUUGGGCAAUUUCAUAUGCAAGUCAAUAAGGGGUCCUGCUGAAGACCUAGCUAAUGUCUAA